AUGAAAAUGAGUCAAAUGGAAACGAAGUAAAUCCAGUGGAGCAUCCCUUGUUCGAUCACUACAUCGAUAUAGUUGCAAGGCUGAAUCCUACAUUCCGUAUUAUGGCUGAAGCCUUUAAGGAGUUCACAAAGUCUAAAUCAGGUGCAAAGGAGGCAAAGCUUAAGUGGUUUACAGCUGAGACUGUAUCACAGAAAAGACAGGCGACACCGGUGGACGACGAGAAAUGGGCUAUUGAGGUAAUGGCAUCUACAAGAACAUUCUAUCACAUCGCUGUCAGGCGGUAUGCUGGAAGCUCAGAACAACUAGUUCUUCACGAUCUCCUUUUGAAUCUAUGUCGUGGGCGAACACUUAUCGAGAAAUUGGAAAAAGAAAUAGGAUCCAAAGGGCCUGAUAGCAAGGAACG